AUGGCAAACCCGAUUGACCCCAUGGUCAAGACAUAUGCCACACCUUCCCCAAAUGUGUCAAAGAAGGAGUUCGUUAUCGGUGGCAUUUUAUGCGCUGUGUAUGGGCUCGAGGAGCUUCCGGUGCAGUGCAAGCAUGUUUCUUGUUUAUAUGUGCUGCACCCGCGAGGUAAUACAAUGCAGAGCAUGAAGGGUAUUGCAACUUCUGCGGUCGCAGACUGGAAUGAAAGAUUGAAGAAUGGGAAGGUUAGCACGAGUGAACAAGACAACGGUCUAAUUGCUGUGUGCUUCGACCAGAGGAAUCAUGGGACGCGAGAAGUCGAUAAACUUCGGAACGAGGCUUGGAGGCAGGGAAAUCCGAAUCACGCGCAGGACAUGUUCUCGAUCUUCAACGGCACGGCUCGCGAUGUCUCGCAAAUUAUGGAUUUUAUCGGCAGCUACGUAUUUCCAGAGGCUGAUCGACACAUUACCAACAGUCUAGUCCUCGGCGUUUCCCUGGGCGCUCACGCCGCAUGGCACUGUCUACUUCACGAACCACGGAUAAGAGCCGCUGUCAUCAUCAUUGGGUGCCCAGACUAUGUUAGCCUAAUGUCUGAUCGUGCUCGACUUUCAAAAUUGGCUUCAUGGAAAGACAGUAGUCCUCCGGGUUCACAAUUCCUUGGCUCAAAAGAUUUUCCGCAGAACCUAGUGGAUAUGGUAAAGAUCUGGGAUCCGGCGGGCUUGUUAUUCAGCCAAAUGGACGAUUCAUGUUUAAAGGAGCCAAUAAAACCUAGCACUGUGCGCGAACCUACAAAAGCUGAACAAAAAGCACUCAAGACAAUCAUGAGGAGAUGUCUAGCUGGAAAGAAGAUCCUGAACUUGUCGGGCGGCUCAGACAAGCUGGUACCAUAUAGCCGUGGCGAGCCUUUCUUAACCUGGUUGAAGAAAGCCAUUGCUUCUGGUGGUUGGUUUGCCGAGGGUAGGGUUUCCUUGGAAGAUAUUGUUUUUGAUGGGGCCGGCCACGAAGUAACGCCAGCCAUGAUAACAGAGGCCAUUCGAUUCAUCGGCGAAACGCUAGCUACCGGCGAUGACGAACCAGAGACGGGAGCUGUGUUCAUGUCAAGGAUUUGA